AUGAAUACGGCAUUUCCAAUCACACGUAUCUAUGUGAUACUGCCGGAAGAGUUACCACCAGGUAGCCUGGUAGUUGAUCUCAAUUCCAAUCUCCAUGUGAAAAAUCUUCAGUCUGCGUUUGAAAGUGGAUCCACCCCACUGAGUUUUCAGUAUCGACUAAUGAAUACAUUUGACGGUCGCCUAUUUCGAGUUGGAUCUCAUUCGGGGCGCAUGACUGUGGCUUCUCGUUUGGAUCGAGAGCUGUUAUGUGCUAGUCAAAAAGCUCAAUUCUGUUGCAAUGCGAGAGCAUCACUUCCGUCUAUACUGAUGUCUGAUCCCAAUUGGAAAGAAGAAAGCGACCCGGUUUCGAAAGGACAGCGAUGCCAUCUGGUUGCACAUGUCAGCAUCCAGUCCACAGCACUUCAACACAAAGAUGCCGAGAAUUCACCUGUACCUAAUCAAAUGGCUUUGAUUUAUGUUUAUCUGCGAUUGGACGAUGUGAAUGAUCACACACCACAAUUUACUACUCAGUCUAACAGUUUAAAUGUGGCUGAAGAUACCCCAGUAAGCACAGUUUUGCAAUAUUUUCAAAUCUCCGACCCUGAUGCUGGCAUCAACGGUCUCAAUCAAGUCAAAUUGGAUGUGAAUCCGCUGACCACAGUCGAUCCAAAAACAAUUCACGAUAAUCCGUCUGCCAUAAACAUGAUGAAGAACAACCCAUUUGAAGUAAAGCUUUCACGGGAUGGAGUUAGUCUUUUACUGGUACACCCUUUGGAUCGUGAAAUCGUUGCGGCGUAUGACGUGGUGUUGACAGCCAUCGACGGGGAUCGCUUAAAGCCGAGAUCAAGUCAACUGAAUAUAAGAAUUCAUGUUACCGAUGCUAAUGAUAACGCGCCUGUUUGGAUUCAACAAUCUGAUCAAGGUGAUCUAUCGUCCAGUUAUCAUUCAAUCAUGAAUGUCCAUGAGGUAUCACAGUCCAGCCAGAACACUGUAUUUAAUGUCACUGUUCCUGAAGGCACACAAGUUGGGGCACUUAUCUAUUGGCUUCAAGCUAAAGAUGCCGACGUGGGCGACAAUGCACGUCUGCAAUAUGCGAUUGAUACCAGUGCGCCUGGAGGGCUCACAGCUUUGGACUAUUUUUCUGUCCAGUCGACCACAGGUGAAGUACGAUUGCGUACGCAACUAGACUACGAUUCGGCUUCACUACAACUAUCGCGGCCUGAAAUUGAAGUCCCAGUUAUUGUACGUGAUUCACCUCGCGUCGGCCGUCAGUUGUCGGCAAAGGCAACAUUAGUGGUUCGGAUUACCGAUGUGAAUGACAUUUAUCCCAUCAUUAUGGUCAGUCCUCUUCAACCUAUUCCUUUGCAUAACGCUUAUUCUGGGAACACUCUUGGCGAUGGACAUACGCCAGCUUCUUUCGGUGUUUGGGAGAAUCGACCACCAGGUCAGCCUAUAGCAAGUAUAUUAGUUAACGAUCCAGACACCGGAGAUGGAGGAAAAGUUUCAUGUUCCGUUCAAAGUGAUUUUUUCACCCUAGCCCCGGAAUCUGGCAAAUCGGAAUACUUUCCAAACUACCAAUCAGAACAAUUCCUCGGGGUCAAAAGUACUCUAGGUGACACAAUUACACCAUCCAAUUCCGGACCGGUUACGUACCAUCUUUUGUCCAAACAACAUUUAGACCGAGAAGUUGUUCCGAGGCACCAAGUGGUGCUUACCUGUAGAGAUCAUGACAGAUCGCGGCCAUUGGUAUCCACACAAAGGCUGGAUAUUGAAGUUCUCGAUGAAAACGAUAAUCCACCGGAAUUUUCCAGUUCUCCUAUUGUACUCACUUGCCCGGAGAACUCCCCACCGGGACAGGUGAUUGGCCGACUGAACGCAACCGAUAAAGAUGUGGGUGAAAAUGCUCGUCUCCGAUUCUGGGUUGACGAUCGCGAUGCCAGUUGGGUCGGAGUGCAUGCACAAACAGGUGACGUGCGAGUAAACACUGUUUUCGAUAGAGAAACAGAAACAGAACGUGAGUUUGUGGUCUAUGUGGCUGAUUCGGACGGCUCACAAGGACAUACAGCAUCCACAACAGUUAAAGUUCGGGUGUUGGAUGAAAACGAUCAUGCGCCACAUUUUAUCGAUUUGUACUUCUUCUCUAUUCCGGAAAACAGCCCGCCGGGAACAGAGGUGGGGUACAUACGAGCAGAGGAUGAAGACGAGGGAGACAAUGGUAAAGUACACUAUCUAUUACAUCCACCAAGUCGCGAUUUUGAACUGGAUCGGGACAGUGGGAAACUAGCUGUACGAUCCUCGGGCUUCGAGGGGAUGCGUCCGGUACUGACGGAUACCGGGAAACUGCGUGUUUCAUUGCUCGAUCGUGAACAGCAAGAUACGUACGAAUUGACCGUGAUCGCGGAGGACGGAGGGAAUCCACCUCGAAAGGUCACCACUGUGGUACAUAUAGGCCUGUCGGAUGUGAAUGAUCAUGCGCCACAAUUUCGUUACCCUACACCACAUGGACCGGGAAGCUUGCUCAACGUAUCUUGUGCACAGUUGAGCAGUCAACUGAUCGCUCGAGUGCACGCGAACGACUCCGACUCCGGAAGGAACGGAGAAGUUGAGUACAGCAUUGUUCGUGAACAUAGCUAUUCCUCACGGAUUACGCGGGAAAUUUUCAAUGAAGAUGCAGUGAAUGCUCCAUCUGCAGAUCCACUUCUUGAAGGUCCGACCGCAAACCAUUUCGAAAUCAAUAGCUAUAACGGACAACUUUUUCUCAUUCAUCCAAUUAUGGAUUGCAGUCGACCGGCUGAAAUCCGAUUACUCAUUCGUGCCAAAGACGGUGGGGAUCCGCCGCUAUCCUCUACUGCCAUGCUGACAAUUUAUGUCAGACCGACAGAGGAUCCAAUAGACUACGGGGGACUAACUCCCGCAAAUGACUACCGGCGCACAGCCCAGACCGGUUCUGUUAAAGACCCCGGUAGCUUGUGGAUGAGCAGACCGGAUUUGGGGAAGAGAGUACAACAUAAGUCUUAUUGUGGCAAUGGUGAUCCUGGUGUUACUACUUUGCGUGAUGCUGUUUGUGUUGAGGCGGAAGUUCGUCGGGGAGGAACGUAA